GUAAGGCGCGCGGCGCGCGUAGCCCGGAAGUGGAAACGUGAGCGCUGGUUGGAGAGGCCUUCACGAAGCUGGGCGACCCCAGCCAGACCCCAGCGCUUGCUCUCCCCGACAGCUACAGCUCUGCAUUCUGAGGAGAGACGGGGCCCGGACCUGAGCCGCCACUGUGCAACAGAGAGGGGGUAGAGCCCUCUGGGCCUCCCAGGGAGUGGGGUCAGUGGGCUGCUGGCCUGCCCUUCCGUCCUGCGGAGACCCGGAGGGACCGGAGCCAUGGCCUCGUCCAAAAGGCCCGAGGGCAGGGGCUCCCGGGAGCCCAGGGACUCCGAACACUGGGACUGGGGCUGCCCAGAGACCCGGAGCCAGUUGGAAGAGCUCUUCUUUGGGGACCAGGAUGUCAUCCGCCGGGGUUCGGACGAGUGCCACAAGUUCUGGGCCUUUUUUGACCGCCUACAGACUUUCCAGAAGCUCAAACCUGGUCCAGAGGGCGAGCGGCCAGCCAAGGCCCAGGCCCCCCAGGGACCCGAGUGCCCGGCCCUGGCUGACCUCCCUGCCACCUACGACCCUCGCUACCGCAUCAACCUGGCCUUGCUGAGUGGGGAGGGCGAGCCCGGCCUGGGGCAGCGGGGGACCCGCAGCCGGCUGCCUCGCGACCGGCUGGCAGAGUUCCGCCGGGCGCUCCUCCACUACCUGGACUUUGGACAGAAGCAGUCUUUUGGGAAGCUGGCAAAGCUGCAGCGGGAGCGGGCAGCGCUGCCCAUGGCCCGCUACAGGCAGCACCUCGGGGCGGGGACCGGUGGUGAUUGGCGGUGCACAGGCUGGGUCCAAGGUGCCCAGUACCCCUGGCUGCUGGCUUACCAUGUGGCCUGUCCCAACCCAGGGGUCAUCUCUCUGGCCAGCGGUGGGCGAGGCCUCAGCCAGUAUGGCUCCCAGGUGGGCUACCAGAUCCGCUUUGAGAGCUCGCGCUCGCCGGCCACCAAAAUCGUGUUCCUGACGGAGGGCCUCCUGCUGCGGCAGAUCCAGCGGGAGCCGACCCUGCCCCAGUACCAGGUGCUCAUUGUGGACGAGGUCCACGAGCGCCACCUCCACAGCGACUUCCUUUUGGGCGUCCUCCGCCAGCUGCUGCCCGUCCGCCCAGACCUCAAGCUCAUCCUCAUGUCGGCCACCAUCAACAUCAGCCUCUUCUCCAGCUACUUCAGCCACGCGCCGGUGCUGCAGGUGCCCGGGAGGCUGUUCCCCAUCACGGUCAUCUACCAGCCCAUCCCAAAGGAGGAGGUGCCAGCCUCAGGGCGAAAGCUGGCCCCGGCGUUCCCCAGUGCUGCAGGCCAUGACAAGUACCCCCUAGGGGCGACCUGGGUGUUCCUGGGCGGCGAGAUGGGGGUGCUGGGGCCUUGCCCCGCCCCCGGCGGCUGGGUGGUUCUCCCCCCCGCCCUCCAUCACCGACCAGGACAAGGGUGUUUGUUGGUCCUCCGAAUGAAAAUUUUGUCCCCAACCCAGACCUCAGUGACCAUCGAUGGUGUCCGAUUCGUGCUAGAUUCCGGUAAAGUGAAGGAGAUGAGCUUCGACCCCCAGGCCAAGCUUCAGCGGCUCCAGGAGUUCUGGAUCAGCCGGGCCAGCGCUGAGCAGCGGAAGGGCCGUGCCGGGCGCACGGGGCCAGGGGUGUGCUACCGCCUCUACGCCGAGUCCGACUAUGAUGACUUUGCCCCCUACCCCGUCCCGGAGAUCCAGAGGGUGGCCCUGGAUGCUCUCGUCCUGCAGAUGAAGAGCAUGGGGCUGGGAGACCCCCGCCGCUUCCCCUUCAUCGAGCCCCCGCCUGCCGCCAGCCUGGAGACGGCCAUCACCUACCUGCGGGACCAGGGUGCUCUGGAUGCCUCGGAGCACCUCACGCCCAUAGGGACCCUGCUUUCUCAGCUUCCUGUGGACGUGGUGAUAGGGAAGAUCCUGAUCUUCGGCUGCCUCUUGGACCUGGUGGAGCCCGUGCUGACCAUGGCAGCUGCCCUGAGUGUCCAGUCCCCCUUUGUGCGCAGCGCUCAAAGCAACCUGGACUGUGGGACCGCGCGGAAGCCCCUGGAGAGUGACCGCGGGGACCCUUUCACCCUGCUCAACACCUUCAACGCCUGGGUGCAGGUGAAAUCAGACCGCAGUGCCAACUCCAGGAAGUGGUGCCGCCGCCGGGGCCUCGAGGAACACCGCAUGUACGAGAUCGCCAACCUGCGCCAGCAGUUCAAGGGGUUGUUGCAGGACCAUGGGCUGCUGGCCGAGGCCAGGGUGACGCCAGGGGACAGCUACAGCCGCCAGCAGCAGCACCGGCAGCGCCGGGAGCUGUACCAGCUGAAGCGCCAGCAUGAGGAGGGCGAGGGCAGGAAGCGGAAGGUGCUGCGGCUGGAGGCCCUGGAGGGCGGUGCCUCGAGCGACGAGGACACGGAGGCAUCCAGCUCACGGGCAGGGGAUGGCACCCACCACGUGGACAUCCAGGAUGUCAAGUUCAAGCUUCGCCAUGAUAUGGAUCAGCUCCAGGCGGCCGCCAGCUCCGCCCAGGACCUGUCCCGGGACCAGCUGGUCCUGCUGAAUCUCGUGCUGGGCCGAGGCCUCUACCCCCAGCUGGCCGCCCCCGACCAGUUCAACAGCUGCCGCAAGGACUCGGACCAGUUUUUCCACACCCAGAGCAAGCAGGGGGCCGUCCUUCACCCCACCUGUGUGUUUGCCAACAAUCCGGAACUGCUGCAGGGGGGCCAAGCUGAGGCCCAGGACAAGAGCCGAGAUCGGAAGGACGGCAUGAGCAGCGAGCACCAACUCCUGGCUUUCGUUUCUUUGCUGGAGACCAACAAGCCGUACCUGGUGAACUGUGUGCGUCUCCCUGCUCUGCAGACGCUGCUGCUUUUCAGCCAGAGCCUGGACACGAAUGGCGACUGCUCCCGCCUGGUGGCCGACGGCUGGCUGCAGCUGCAGCUGGAGGGCAGCGAGAGUGCCAUGGGGCUCCUGUCGGCCGUUUUGCGCCUCCGUGCCCGCUGGGAAGAGGCCCUCGACCGGCAGCUGGCCCGCCAGGCCCAGCCACGAGGCGAGGAGAGGGCAGCCGCGGCCCUCAAGGCGGAGAGGAAGGCGGCAGCGGCGUUGGGCCGGGACCUGCUGGGCUUCGUGCGAUCCAAGGUGUCCUACAGCAUCCACAAGCUGACUGCCUUGGAGGCUCAGAACCUCUACGUGGGACCCCAGACCAUCGCAGCCGCCCCCCAGCUCUCGGGCCUGUUUGGGGAGGCAACCUUGUCCCCUCACGACACCAAGGGGGGCUACAUCAUCACAAGCUUCCUCACCUACAACUGCCUCAUGAGCGAUACAGACUUGUACAGUGACUGCCUGCGCACCUUCUGGUCCUGCCCGCGCUGCGGCCUCUACAUGCCCUUCACCCCCAUGGAGCGGAUGUGCCACGAGAGCGCCUGCCAAGCAGCCCCCGAUGAGGGUACCCAUGGGCUCAGUGAUGAGGAAGCCGACUCCAGCCGCCAGGCGUCUGCUCUGCGCAGGGCCUACCACUGUGAGCACUGCCAGAAGGAUUUGCUGCUCACCCCCACGGAGAUCCUCCGGCACCGCAGACUGCACGUGUGAGGGCCCCCCAGGGACCCCGAGCUGGGCCAGUGGCUCAGGGGGCCAGCCCUUGUACUCGGGGAAUAAAGUUGGCCUCCCCCUGUGGCUGGGCCGGAUUCCUGGAAAGGUCCUGGGGCCCCGUGCUCCAGGGGCCCUUGAGGUCUGCUUUGUUCCCCCGGCUGCCCCGUGGCCUCAGCUUCCUGGUCUCCUGACACGCCGGGGCCGGGAGAUGCCGUGUCCUUUCAGCUCCUCGAGCUUCCCUCGGCCCCACGUCCAGGACUUUGGAGGCGUCGCAUGGGGGGGGGGGCGGGGGAGAAACGUGGCCAGAUGGCCUCUCUGCCAACACCCAAUGGACUGUCCGAAAGGGGGAGCCCUAGAGGGAGGCCAAGAGUCAGGGAGGCUUCAAUGGGGCAAUCGCUCCCGGAGGUCCUGGGGGCCACUGCCUCUUUCACAGAAGUGCCUGGAUCCCAGAUCUUGAGCUGCAAAGGACUCUGCAGGAGGGAGCCGAGCCACCCGGGCUGUCAGAGGUAGGAUCAGAAUUCAGAGCUCGGCCUCUGUAGCCUCCCUGGGAAGCUGCCUCCCCAGCUUGUCCAUCACACAGUUUUCUCUCCUCUCCUUCAGCUGGUGAAUUGAUCUGAUGGUAGAUGGGCCCAGGAAGGGCAGCCAGCCUGUCCCGGUUGUGGCCGUGCCCCCUUCCUGAGGAGGAGCCCACUGGGCAGUGCCACAGAUGCAUCACCUCCCAGGCCCAGAGACAGUGGCUUCAUCAGCCCCCGCCUCCUCAGGUGUCAGGAGGCAGGGCUGUUCUGUCCGAUGGCUGCAGAGCAUUCAGGGCUGGCCCUUAGUGGUCCCAGGCUAGCCGGGGCUCCCCAGCUUCCUGGUAAUCCUGUGUACUUUAUGCAUCUUUGUCGGCCUCCCCCCGACCCCAGUGUCUACAGAACCCAGAAGGUGGGUAACGACUCGAAGGCCUCGUUUACUGAAGGUUGGGAGAAGUUCCCUUGGGGCCACUCAGCUGGGCCGGCUUCCUGCCUCUGGGCUCCCAUCCUGUCAUUGGACCCCAGGGUUCUCUGCAAAGGUUCUUUCUUCCCAAAUGAGCGGCAGCGAGCCUGGCCCUUGUGCCGAUAGGUGGGGGCUGACUUCGAGCCAGACAUUGAGUCCCCAGGCAAGAGGAGAGAAGGCAGUGGCUCUGGGAAAGCCCGGGAGAGGGGAACAGAAAGCCGCCCUGUUCUGCCUUAUUCUCUCCCUUCGGAUCUCAAGGACGGCUCAUGAGCACUCAGAAGGGAGCCAGGGCCUCCAAGCUUCGGGUCGGCUGCGCCCAAAACGGGGCUGUGGGGGCUGAGCGCGGUUUGGGGGCUUAUUGGGCAGGGUUCUAGGUUGGAAGGUGAAGGCAGGAUUCUAGGUACGGGUCUCCACAAACCUGAGCAGAGCAUUUGCCAUCUUCGUGCUAUUCUUGGGAAAAGGGGCCAAGACAAGGAGGAGUGAGACAGGAUGGACACGUGGCUGGGGGGACUCACAGCUAGUGUAAGUGACUGAAUCUCACGGAGAGAAGGUGCCAGGGGAAGGAUCCAAGGAUCCGUUUGGCCCCAGGAUAUUUUAGAUUCCUCCAUCGAUUCCUGGGUGUGAAAAAGCACAAAAAACCUGGGAAAAGAAACUGAUCACUUCCCAGCCACGAGCGGGGAUGCAUCCAAAACUAAACAGAGAGAGGCCAGAACAAAAGGUAAAGUAUGAGGGAUGGAAGAACUUUUACCUGGACAAAAUCGAUCAGAGUAAGAAGGGAAGAGGUCAACUACGGGGAAAAAAGUCUAUUGACUCUCCAGUUAGGGUCUGAUCCUUAGGCAGCUAAUUUAUUUUUAAGGUUUUUGUAUUUUAUUUUCUCAUUAUAUAAAAACACUUUUUGCCAUUUGUUUUGUGAAUUUUGAGUUCCAAAUGCUUUUCCUCCUCCCUCCUUGAUAAGCAAGCCAUUCGAUUUAGAUUAUACGUGUUUGGUCGGACAGAACAUUUCCACGUUAGCCAUGGAGGCAGCUAACAUUAACUCUAAGCCGUGCUAUCCACUGAUCAGACAGCCAACAGACACAGGACUGAACGUAAGCAAGCAGUCAUGUCUGCUCUAAAUAAGGGAAGCGUGGAGGCAGGCAGGGGGCGCCGGAGCAAACACACCGCAGGCCUGGAGGAGAAGGACUCGCCUUCCGGAGGUGAAUCUGGCCUCGGACAUUUGCUGCCUGUGUGACCCCGGGCAAGGCACUGCUCCCGGUCUGCCUCGGUUUCCUCAUUUGUAAAAUGGAUGGAGAAGGAAAUGGCCAGCCCCUGUAGUGUUUCUGCCGAGAAAAGCCCAAAUGGGUCCACGAAGAGUCGGACACGACUGGAAAAUAACUGGAUGACAAAAAAGGGAAAUGAAAAUCAAAACAUCCCUGAGGUUUUUCCCUAACAACUGGCAAAGGGGACAAAAGACAGGAAGGAUCAGUGUUGGGGUGGUGAAAAGACUGGCACCCUAAUGCCUUAUGGGUGGAGCUGGGAAUUGAUUCAGCCAUCCCAGAAGGCAGUUUGCAGUUAUGGAUGUUCUUCCCUUUUGACCUGCACUGCUAGGCCCCUACCCCAAGGUACCCUACACCCAUCACUGACCACAAAAAAAGGUUCUAUGUAUGCCAAAAGAUAACAAUACUUUUUGUGGUGGCCAAAAAAAAAGGGGGGGGGGGAACAGUGAGGUGGUAAAUGAGUAUAAUAGGUUUGAACCGUUCCAUAGAAAAUGAUAAUUAGGAGUACAGAAAAACAUAGAUUUAGAUGAACAGAUGCAAAGUGAAGUAAACAGAUCCAGGACAACAAAACAUACUAUGAUUAAAAUAAUGUAAACGGAAGAGCAAAAUAAUUGAGACAAUGCUUGACAUAUUACAAUGACCAAACUUGUCCCCUAAGAAGUCAUGAGAAGGCAGCCAUGGGCCCCCAUAAAGGUGUAAGUUAACAUCAGAUUUAUUGAGAUGUUGGUUGGUUUUGCUGAAAUCUUCUCCCUCCCCUUUAAAAAAUUAGUAUAAGAAUGGCUCUCUAGGAGAGGUUGAUAGAAGGAAUACGGUGAUAAUUUCAUUGAUAAUGUAAAUGAAAAUUCACUUGAAAAUACAACAAAAAUGCAUUAUUGGGGCUAAAGACUGACAUCAGAUUUGCAGAUGAUGCAAAGCCAGAAUGCUAACUAAUAGGUUGGGUAGCCAGGAUUUGAAAAGGAUGCCAUUGGGGGGGGGGGGGGUGUUGAGCCAUCGAUAGGAUUGAGGAACUAGAUGUCACACUUAGUGAAUGGAACAAGACUGGAAUAAAGAGGACCUGAGUUCAAGUCCAGCCUCAGUCACUUAACUGGGUUACCCUGGGCAAGUAAUUUAACCUCAGUUUCCUCAUCUGUAAAAUUAGCUA